AUGGUUGUGUUUGGUUGCGCCAUCUUGAGCAACGAGAGUGAAGAAAGCUAUGUGUGGUUGUUGCGGUUAUUUCAUGGGGCAAUGAAAGGAAAACAGCCAAAAUCUGUCAUGACAGACGGGGAUCUUGCCAUGAAGAGUACAGUUAGUAUAGUUUUCCCUGGUGCGCAUCACAGGUUGUGUAGCUGGCACUUGUUAAAGAACGCCACUGCUAGAAUUGGACGGCCCAUUUUUCUUCAGAAAUUCUGUCUAUGCUUGAUGGGCGAUCUAGAGGUUGACGAAUUUGAAAGAAGAUGGACAGAUAGCAUGGCAGAGUUUGGGUUAGAUAACCACCAGAGGAUAGCUGACAUGUGUGCAAGGAACAUUCAUGGUCCAAUGCGCACAUCCGGGGAAAAUUUUUUGCAAGAUUGA